CCCGAAUUAUAACAAUCAUUGCAUUACUAAACGCGCCUUUGUGAGUAAAAUGAACGUCAGAAAAUUGUAAACAAAGCUCAAACGCGGUGAUUUUUCCGAUUUUUUGUGCUUGUGCCCGGAGUUUAUUGAAAAUAUUUCUUGAAUUUUCCUGUAUUUGAGAUCACUAUGUUCGGCCCAACCCUUGGCGGCACUUCCGCCUUCGGUGGAACCACCGCGGCCCCACCGAACCCAAUGAAAGAUUUCGAAGUAACAUCCCCUCCGGAGGAUACAGUUUCUGCAAUGGAGUUCAGCCCGGCCACAUUGCAGCAAAAUUUUCUGAUCGCCGGAAGCUGGGACUGCAGCGUGCGUUGCUGGGAGGUUGAGCAGACCGGUAAGACAGUGGGCAAGUCCAUCAAAACCAUGGGCGGCCCGGUACUGGAUGUUUGCUGGGUCGACGAUGGCAGUAAAGUUUUUAUUGCAUCGGCUGAUAAACAAGUUAAAUGUUGGGACUUGGCAUCGGACCAGGUUGUGCAGGUGGCUCAGCACGAUGCUCCGGUCAAGACAUGUCAUUGGGUCAAAGGAGCGAACUACACCUGCUUGAUGACAGGCUCGUGGGACAAAACUUUGAAAUUUUGGGACACCCGGACGCCACAGCCGAUGAUGUCGAUCCAACUUCCGGAGCGAUGCUACUGCGCAGAUGUGGAUUAUCCUAUGGCGGUCGUUGGAACUGCUGGAAGACACGUUCUGAUCUAUUCUUUGGAGAACAAACCAACACAAUACAAGCAACAGGAGAGUCCACUCAAGUACCAGCACCGAACGGUAUCUAUUUUCCGCGAUAAGAAAAAAGCUCCUACGGGAUACGCUUUGGGUUCCAUAGAAGGACGCGUCGCUAUUCAGUAUGUCAAUCCCAUCAAUCCGAAGGAUAAUUUUACAUUCAAGUGCCAUCGAUCUAAUGGCGCAAACGGUUACCAGGAUAUCUACGCUGUUAACGACAUAGCAUUCCAUCCGGUUCACGGAACAUUGGCCACUGUCGGAUCUGACGGCACUUUCAGUUUCUGGGACAAGGACGCCAGAACGAAACUCAAGUCGUCGGACACAAUGGACCAAUCGAUUACCAAAUGCUGUUUCAAUGCUACGGGCCAAAUCUUUGCCUAUACCGUCGGUUAUGAUUGGUCCAAAGGACACGAGUACAACAAUCCCCAGAAGAAAACCUACAUCUUCCUGCGUUCCUGCUAUGAAGAGCUGAAACCACGGGCAAACAAUUAAACGGUUUUGGAAGUACGUGAUCGCUUCAUUAUGACCAAUAAACAAUAAUUACAUGUUGA